CAGGAACAUAAAUAGGCAGUAAGAAGAACGCAACUCAUCACAGAGCCCAGGAUGGGUAUCUAUUUUCUUUUGUUAGUUGUAGGGUUUUGCUGGGCACAGUACAACCCCAAUACUCUCUCCGGGAGGACAUCUAUUGUACAUCUCUUUGAAUGGCGCUGGGUGGAUAUUGCUCUUGAGUGUGAACGCUAUUUAUCUCCUAAUGGAUUUGGAGGAGUUCAGAUUUCACCUCCAAAUGAAAAUGUUAUCAUUACUGACCCCUGGCAACCAUGGUGGGAAAGAUACCAGCCCAUUAGCUACAAGCUGUGCACAAGAUCUGGAAAUGAAACUGAAUUUAGAGACAUGGUGACCAGGUGCAACAAUGUUGGAGUACAUAUUUAUGUAGAUGCAGUAAUCAAUCAUAUGUGCGGAGCUAAUGCGGGUGCUGGUGACCAUGCUACUUGUGGAAGCUAUUUCAAUGCAAAGACUGAAGAUUUUCCAGCUGUGCCGUAUUCUGGUUGGGACUUUAAUGAUGGCAAAUGUAAAUCUAGAAGUGGAGACAUUGAGAAUUAUCAGGAUAUAUCUCAGGUACGAGACUGCCGCUUGGUUAGCCUUCUUGAUCUGGCCCUGGAAAAGGACUAUGUACGCUCAAAAGUUGCCGAGUAUAUGAACUACCUCAUUGAUGUUGGCGUAGCAGGCUUCCGAAUUGAUGCUGCCAAGCAUAUGUGGCCUGGGGAUGUGAAGGCAAUUUUAGAUAAGCUGAAAGAUCUAAAUACUAAAUGGUUUUCUGCAGGAACUAAACCUUUCAUUUACCAGGAGGUAAUUGACUUGGGCGGAGAG